AUGCAGCAAUUACAGGAGCAGCUUGUCGAGUACAAGGAACAAGAAAUGGCACUCGAAAUCUCGACAACAUCACAAGAUAUCUCCUUCAGUGAUGAGUUUAUCGAUACUGAGAACUCGGCCAACAGCAUGAAGCUUCCCCCAUUGGAACAGACCAUGUAUAUGACUGGAAUAUUCCUCAACACCUUCAACUCAAUGCUUCCUCUUUUUCAUGCUGACUCACUUCUACGUCUUAUCGGAGAAACGUACGCUGUCCAGCCACGACAGCGUGAUCCUGUCUCAUGGGCUGCAAUCAACGUUGUGCUAGCUCUGGCGCGUCAGCAGAUGCCUGAUCAAAGCGAGAUGGGUACUGAGUAUGGUACAACAAACGAUUACAUAAAAAAAGCCCAAUCGGUUAUUUGGACUGUGACGCUUGGCGAAACUGGCCUACUCAACAUCCAAACACUGAUCGGUAUGGCCAUGUUACUACAAACAGCCGACGACAUAACCCCAGCGCUGGUCAUCAUAUCAGCAGCUAUGCGCCUGAUUCAUAAGAUGGGACUACAUAACCGUUUAUCCACAGAGCAUUUGAUCCCGCCUGAGCAGAUACAACAUGCCAACGUCUUUUGGUUGGCUUACAUAGUGGACAAAGAUUUGAGUCUGCGAGCAAAACAACCUUCGAUACAACUUGACGACGAUAUCGAUCUAGAUUUGCCAGUAGAACUCCCAGACAUUUGCGGUAGUGGUGCUGAAGCUGGCAUUGUUACUACCGUCAACGGAAAUGCCAGGCUCAACUAUUUCCUUGCUCGCAUACAACUAGCCAAUAUACAGGGCAACGUUUACGAUCACCUCUACUCCACGCGAGCAUCAAAGAGAACACCAGAAGAAAGAAAGGUAUUAAGAGAAAGAAUCGUCAGAGCUCUUGAUAAUUGGAAAGCAUCGAUCCCCCCAGACUUGAAUGGGGCCAAUGUAGUCGCCACCACGAGUAACAACCCUUCGGUGGCACCCUUUUUCUGUAUCCUUCAUACCCGAAGUCUCUUGUGCCUGAGUUUGAUCACCAGAUCACACGCUUGGGAUGAGCAAUGGGUCGGCAGCAUACGGGAUCACGGAAGAGGCACGCGAGUGCUGCAGCUGCCAACUGAGUGGACGGUGAUGAUUGAAGAAGCUAGAAAUUACAUGAUACUAUAUGAGCAGCUACACCAGAAAUACAGCUGGCUGAAAUGGUUUGCUGCGUGCACAUACAUCUCAUCCAUGGUUCUUCUAACGGCAAACAACCUGAACGACUUUGGCCACGCAGACUUCGCUCAGGAUACAGGCCGAAUUGAGAGGGGGCUUGCAUGGUUGCAGAAUCACUUUAGAGACAAUCCAUGCAAGAUGUCUAGUAUGCUUGGUGAUAUCUGCACAGAAGCUGUGGAAGUAAUGAAACAAAGACGUACGAACGGAAUUGCUGCGACUGUUGACAAUGAUUGGCUUGCAGGGCUUCUGGAUGAUAGAGGAUCGAUCUGGUGA